AUGCGUUUUUCGACAUUGAGAGGGAACAAUUAUCAGAUUUGGGUACUACAAGUCAUUGAAAAGGCUGUAGAGCACAGAUCCAACUUACAUAUUUGUUUUGUUGACCUGUCAAAAGCAUUUGACUUUGUACCAAGGCACACUCUCACUAACAUUCUCAAAUAUUCUGGUAUAGAAGAUGCAGUGGGGGAAUCUCAUCAAGCCAGAAGUAUGCGUGAGAGUCUGGACAAGGUUAAGGGUGGUGGCAUUGAGGUUGCUUACAGAUUAGAUGGUGGCCUAUUCAUGAACUGUCGAGUAAAACCUGAAAGAACACAUAAGAGCAAAGCUUCCAUGUAUGCUGAUGAUUUGGCUAUAAUAGGUACAUCAAAUAGUGAGUUGCAACAGAUGGUGAAUGCUUUCCAUGAUGCUUGUAUGAAAUGGGGUAUGAGUAUUAACACGGGAAAAAUUAAAAUCUUGAGCAUUGGUGGUGAAGAGGCAAUCAUCUUGAUAGCUGGUCGUGUUGUGGAGAAUGUUUCUGAAGUUUGCUAUAUGGGCAACGUUGUGACUAAGUUUGGGGAUUGUCACACAGAGGUUGUUGAACAUAUUCAGAAAGCUAGCAGGACAUUUUUCUUGGAAACUUAG